AUGGCGAUAACAGGAGAAUCCGUUGCUGCCUUUGCCCUUGGCACAGCUGUUUACAUUUUGUUCUUCAACCGUGGGGAGCACCAUCUCUAUCCGCAACGCUAUCUCAACGCCUUCGGCGCCGCGGUAAUUGCGACGGCAGCUCUACUCUAUUUCCGCCAUCAUCUCCCCCUCUUGGAGGCUCUGCGUACAACGACCGGUCUAUCGCUGUCGUUCUUGGCUGGCCUGUACUCCAGUUUGCUCUUCUACCGCCAAUUUCUUCAUCCCUUGAAUAAAUUCCCCGGCCCAUUCGGCACCCGCAUUUCUGCGCUGUUUUUGUCCGUCAAGUUUUCCAAGGCCGACAGUUCGCGACAGUAUCUGGCCUUGCACAAGAAAUACGGCGAUUUCGUGCGCACUGGUUCUUCGGAUCUAUCGAUUAUUCACCCCAAGGGUGUUCAAGCCGUCUAUGGUCCUGGUACACAAUGUACCAAGGGUGAUGCUUACGAUGCAACUAACCCUAUCAAAUCGCUACACAGUUUUCGCGAUAGACAAUCACAUGACAAUCGUCGUCGAGUCUGGAGUGCCGCCUUUGGCGAUACCGCCCUGCGCGGUUACGAGAAGCGCAUCCGAAAGUAUCGCGAUAUGCUGAUAGCCACUUUUGCCGCAUCAGAAGGCAAACCAGUCAAUGUCGUGCAGUGGUUUAACAACUACUCGUUUGAUAUUAUUGGUGAUUUGGCGUUUGGUCAGUCCUUUGACAUGCUCAAAAAGGAUGAGUUGCAUUGGUCUGUUCGUCUACUUGCAGAAGCGUUUGAGCCGUUGGCGUAUGCCCUUCCGACGUGGAUCUUUCGAUUGGUUCAAGUCAUUCCCGGUGCGACCAAGGAUUGGUUUCGGUUUUUGGACUUUUGCCGCGAGCGAAUCAUUACGAGAAUGAAGAACACGCCCGAUAUUCCUGAUAUUACGUCAACCCUUUUGGCACCUUUGGAAGGAAAGAAAAUAUCCACGGAAGAUUUGAAUUUGUUGGUUGGCGACUCUCAGCUUAUGAUGGCUGCUGGAGGCGACACCACCGCAACAACCCUGUCUAGCAUUAUUUUCGAGCUCUGUCUCCAUCCCGACCAGCUUGAGGAAUUGCGCAAAGAAGUUGCACCAUACAUGACUGACCCAUCAGGAGAUGUCCUGAACGAGAAAAUUGCACAUAUCGACCGCCUCAAUGGUAUCAUUUACGAGGCCCUUCGGCUUCAUCCUCCCGUGGCAGGAAUCAUUCAGCGCAAGACACCUCCAGAAGGAAUCUGGAUUGAUGAUAUCCAUGUUCCGGGGAAUAUGUUUGUUUUCUGCCCUCAGUAUGCCAUUGGACACAGCGAGGCAAUCUACGAAAAACCAGAGGAAUUCAUCCCCGAACGCUGGUACUCCCGCCCCGAGCUCGUCAAGGAGAAGAGCGCGUUUGCGCCGUUCCUUAUCGGAACGUACGGUUGUAUCGGCCGACCACUCGCAAUGAUGAACCUGCGAAGCACCCUUGCACGACUCAUCACCACAUUUGAUAUCAAAUUUGCCGAGGGAGAGGACGGUAGCUCCUUUGAUGGCAAGUCGACGAAUCACUUUUUGUGGGUUCCCGCGGAUUUGUUUAUUUCGUUUACCAAGCGUGGUUAG